UUCCCACUUGUUCCUAUAAUUUUUGGAGCUGAAUUUGGAUCCGGUAGCCAAACAGGUACCCAGCUCCCUAUUUUUCUGGAGUUGGUGGAGUGGAUCUGACAAAAGGUGGAGUUGGUGGAGUGGAGCUAUUUUUUUUGGAGCGGAGCAGUCCCAAACAGGCCCUAAACUCUGAAGGUGUGAAAUUCCUGUGUUUCACAUCCUCCGGUUUCAGGUGACAAGCUAUCAAUCAUGCAACCUGCUGCUCACCAGAGGAGGAUGGUCGCGUCGAGCAAGGUGAUCAGGGUCGGGCCGUGGGGAGGCCACGGCGGGAGCCCCUGGGACGACGGCCCGCACCGGGGCGUCCGGAGCAUCACCGUCACGUACGGGCGCUUCCUGGAGUCGAUGCGCGCCGAGUACGCCGACAGGAACGGCCGCCCGGUCCUCGGCGAGAAGCACGGCGGCGGGACGGGCCGCAGCCUCUCCGCCAGGAUCGAGCUGGACUUCCCGUACGAGUUCGUGACGGGCGUGAGCGGGAGCUACUGCGCGGCGCACGGCGGGUCGCCGCCGGUGGUGCGGUCGCUGACGUUCGAGACCAGCCGCGGGGUCGUGCACGGCCCGUUCGGGGGCGCGGGCGGCGCCGACGACGGGGUGCCGUUCUCGUACCCGAUGGAAGGGGCCGUGGUGGUCGGGUUCAUGGGAAGGAGCGGCUGGCACCUUGACGCGCUCGGCCUCUACGUCGCGGCGCUGCGGGCCGAGACGCUCUGCGACGUGGUCCAGGAGCGCGGCCUCUCAGCGUACCGCUCCUUCGUCUACGGCGGCGACGACGGGGCGCGGCCGCGGCAUCAUCAUCAGAGCAAGAAGAAACCGUUCGAGUGGUGCUACAAAUAACUGUUACUAUAACUGAAGCGAAGCACACUGAAGCAUUCCAUUGGGCCGGAAAGGGCUCCAAGAACCAGAGUGAGCGAUCGCCUAUUCCUCUAUCACGUGGUAAGGUUAGGCAACUUUACGUAAAGUGUUUCACAUACUAUGAAAGGAUAAGAUUAAGAACAAGUCACGUUACUGAGAGUUGUAAUCCAGUGAAGGAGUGAGGAUGGUUCAACUA